AUGGGGAAGCUUCGUAAUGAAGUCACAAUGAAACACUCCAACUUCCCCCUCUUUUCUCCCUCUGCUCAUCCUUCCCUCUGUCUGCACUGCCAGAGCAGGGUUGCAGUCAUGCAUGUGGACACCGUCUUUCUUAUGUGUCUUCUGGUUCUAGGUGAGUAAUUUGACAUUUAAUGAUUAUUGGAAAUAAAUUUGCUUCUGAUUUAUGUAUAAACUGCAAGAUAAUUCUAUAGUAGCUAUAAUAAUUUACUUUAUAAUACAAUGACUCGUUAUACCUCGUAUCUUUACUGUAUUAAAAGAUCGAUUGUACUUUGCUUUUCAUUGCAGCUCAUAAUUUUUCAUAUAUUUUCUCCUUUAAAGUGAGUGAAAAUCUUAAAGUACACGUGCAACUGUUUAAAGCAAGAUAGUUUUGUCAUAUUAUGAGUUAAGUGAAGUGUAACAGAUGCAGUCUGCUCUCUUCCUCAUUCCAAAUAUAAACCUGUUGUGAAACCCUUUUAGGUCAUACUAUGUAUUUGCAGACGGUGCAAAGAAAUUUAACAGUUUCAUGCAAAUUUUAGCUGAUAUAAAUUUUUUCACGAUGAUAUUUGAAGUUUCAAAAAGCUGCACGGUUGUUCAAUAAAACCUCCAUAAGAGAAUGAAAGAGCUCUGUAGUUUGCAAGAGAAAGACACUAUCUUAAAUGUCGUGCGUUUGGCCGAGUGUCUAUGAAUGAAUACAGGUCAAGUUGAAGUUGCUGGAUCACUUGAUAAUUAGCUUUACAGUGUAGAGAUUGAUUUUUUUUACUCUCAACCACAGCUGCAGCCUCAUGGAGGACGGUCCAGGCUGUCUCUCCUGUGCCCUCAGUCCCAGACCGUGUCCAAGCACAGGCAGGCUCCUGUGUGGUGAUUCCCUGCUCUUUCACCCCUCCAGCUCCUCACCCCUUCAGGGGGAGAAGGGAGAGAGUGGACGUCCGGCUAAGGUUCAGAGGUGGCGGUCACUACUUUUCUCUCCGCAGCACCGCUUAUAACAGUGAGGACAGAGACCAAGUGAGCAGGGAUUUUCAAGGCCGGUCGUCCCUCUUCGGGAGGAUCGCAGAUGGAGACUGCUCAGUAAAGAUUGAAAGAAUCAGCCAGGAUGAUUCGCGGGCGUUUGAAAUCUCUCUGAAGAGAGGGGAUGAAUUACUCUGGGGGAAGCCAAAGAGCUUCAAUCUGGUUGUUGCAGGUAAGUGAAGGAGUCACUACACUGUCUUUUGUCUGUCCUGUGAAAGCAGCUCUUCUGUUAGACUUUACACCGCUGGAUUAUCAACAACACUACUUACAGGAGGGUUGAGACACUGUGUAAAAUGAGGAUAAAUUUUACAAAAUAAUGCAAAGACAACAAGUAAGGCAGUAAAACUGAAAAGGGUUACAGUUCUGGGAAGAAUAUACUCGGUUUGUUUUUUAAGUCAACACAUUUCAGAGAGGUUCAAACGGGGAUGAUGAAAAAUGAUUUAAAAAAAAAAAAUGAAACAAUGCCAAACUCCAUCUUGCACAUGUUGCAAGAGCGUGGCUCUGUAGUAGAAGAUUCCUGAUGCCAAACUGGCCUACCUACAGUCCCGACUUGUCAUCUGUUGGAAUAUCUUUUAGUGCAUCACGGCACAAAGAAGAAAUUCAAAUAAAAAGUGAUCAUGUUUUCUUCAUAAAACAGUAUGUUCUUUAUUUUCAACAGCACUCUGGAAAUUCUGUUUUCUGUGUAAACACAGUCGAGGAUCUCGAUCAUAACUGAUUGAAUAUAAAAGUCAGAAAGCCAAGGUUUAAGUUCUUAUCGGUCACUUUGAUGCAUAUUGAUCUGCACAUGAGUUGUGCGUGUACCUUUUACUUCAUUCAGGUCACCGCCAGGUAAAAGAAAGCAAAAAUAAGUUAGUUAUAACAGUAAACAGGACUUUUUUUCAGCUCUGUCCCAAUAAAACUUAAACAAAGGAAAUAUAAAAUAGUCAUACAAUGAUCAAUUGUGGUAAAAAUAACAGGAUUAGGAAUGUAAAACUAUUCUUGUUUAUAAAUGACCUUAAAUCCAUAUAGUGAAUAUAGUGAUCAGAUACACCCCUGAGCUCCUGUCGAUGUGGUGUUCGUCUUUAGAAAUCCACACAGUUUUAUUAGAAGUCAGUAAAGAUGCAGGUUUUCUUCACUGACAGAGACUCCUGAGGCUCCGGUCAUCAGCGGCGUGUUAUCAGCCACAGAGGGACAGAGGGUCACCCUGAACUGUUCCAUCGGCUACCACUGCCCCUCCAGACCUCCUGUGCUGCAGUGGAGGUGGGAGAGAGGAGCUCAGCUGAACAGCACUGAUCCUGGGGAGGUACAGAUGCACUACCUGCACCCAGAGCCCGACAGGCUGGUGUUGCUGGCCUCUCUGUCCCUCACGGUGUCCCACCAGGUGAAACCAAAGCUCAGAUGUGAGGUCAGCUAUCCUGGAGCACAAACACUGGCUACUUCAAGGGAACUCCAUGUGACAUGUGAGCAUUGCUUUGACUUGUAUAUUUGUGUAUUUUGGUGCAGUCUGACCCUAAAGUCUUAUUCUGUUUUCUCUACAGUCUCUCCAAAAGAUGUCGUGAUUCAGGUCCAGACUCUGAUGGUUCAUGAGGGGGGCAGCGCUUUGUUGGUCUGCUCGUGCAAAGCUGACCCUCCCGCCUCAGAGUACCGCUGGUCCUACACCCAACAUGGCCUCACAGUGCACCUCCAUCAGCGUACACACACAGUACGGGUGUUCAAUGUGACCCGGGACAUGAAAAUCCGUUGCUCUGCAAAGAACCUGAUCGGUCGAGGAGAUUCUCGGCCCACGGCUCUAAACAUACAAUGUAAUAACCCAACUUCCUGAAGGCCAUGCACAUGUCUGACAACAAAGUGUUAUUUAGAUGAUGAGAAACAAACACCAGGCUGAAAAGUGAGAAAUCAGAUGGAGUAGAAAUGGAAUAUAAAAUCUUCUCUCUCCUUUUUCUUCUGCAGAUAAACCAGUCAUCCUCCGGCUCAUCUCCACUUGUGUUGUUGAGGACUUGGAGGUGGUGUGUAGUUGUUCAGUCGACUCCAACCCAAAAGCUGCCAUCACCUGGAGUGUGAACGGAACCGUCCCUCCUCAGGAUUAUAACGUGUCAGUGACACUGGAGGCUGAGGUGCUAACAGCUACACUGAGGGGGCGCAUGGACAGACCUCAGGCAGUGAUCUGCUUCGCUUUCAACGCACUAGGGAAUGACUCGCUGAUGCUGCUGCAGGGAGGACAAGGUGUGUAAAAAUCAGCAACCUCCUUUGAAACAUCAGUGCAGAAAAAAAGCAGAAAAUAAUGAGUUUAAGGAGGGAUGAGGUCCAUUUUUAGAAUCUGCUAACAAUGCACUGCUUUGUACAUAAAUACAUGAUUGAGGUCAGGUUUGAGCGACUAGUUGAACCAAAAACUCUUCUUUCUAUACAUAGCAAGCAGACAUAGCAAUCAUUCACUGUUUUACACUUAAAGCUGAUCAAUCUGUGCUCUUUUUGUCCACAUACAGAAACCAUUCCUUUUUUGUUGUUGGUGGUGAUUCCUGCUGUGGCCGUCUGUCUUGCCGUAAUUCUCCUGUCUCUGUGUCUGUGCUGCUGCAGGAGGAGAGCGGGAAAGUAAGUGCUUCAAAUCAGCGUCUCAAAAGUCGACUAAAACUUGGCACACUUGCUCAUUAUGAUGUUUUAUGAACCUGCUUUAUUCUUCUCAGACGGGUCCUGAGUAGACGCCCAGCAGUGUACCCUGGAGGGAUUUAUCAAGACCGGAUGCCCCUCUAUAUUAACUGCACAGAAGUUACUCAUAUCUACACCAAUGGAAGCUACCAGCUUGUAUACCAGAAUUGCACACCUCUCUUUGUCCAUACAAAACAGGUAUUUCAUGACGUUGAUGUUUGAGUGUGGGGCAUCACAUGGAAAAAGAAUUAGAAGCUGAAAUUAUUCUUUUUUUCUCAGAUGCGUCCAAUCGCCAGGAGAGGUGGAGAGAGAAGAAGAGGGGGAGAAGGUGGAGGAAUAGAAAGACGAGCAGGUUUGGGAGUCAGAGAUACAAGAGAGGUUCAGGGUGCAGCUGCGGCUGAUGCAGAGACGGCCAUCUACUUGGAGAUCCUCUGAGCGUCGAUGUAACUUCCAGUUAUUGUAAAUAUUCCUCAUCUGUGUAUAUAUGCUUUCACAACCACACACCGUGGGAAUGGGAGGUGGUGCUCUGUCUCAUUCAUCAUCUCCAUGUUGAGGUGUUUCUUUCUGUUCCUUGGUAGUGUUGUCCUGUGAUCUACCUUUGUGCUCUCUAUUUGAUCAGCAGUAUUUAAAAGAUGAAUAAUGACUAUUUUGUCACGUUGCACGCACAAGCAUCGGCAUAAGAGAAGUCUUACCUGUCAGCCUCAGCUAUGCAUUUGUAACUAUACCUGUAUCUCGUGUGACACAAUCAAAUCCUUUAACUGUGAGUUGUAAUGCAGUUUGCCAUGUUCAUGCCAUGUACAAGGAAGGAAGUGUGUCACAUAUGUGUAACUGACUUGUCAUAUCAGACAUGACAUUGACAAACAGGAAGCAUCCAAGUAAGAAUUACAGGACUGUGCAACUCCAUCCAAAUGUUUGUUCUCCAUUCAGAGGGCCACAAGCUUAUUUUAAAACACCAACUCAGAAUGAUCAAUUUUUUUUAAAUUUUAAUAAGGAAAUAAAUGAAAUUCUACCCACAGUCCUGUCCUUCUAAAAAA